AUGCUUUCUAUGCAUCGUUCAAGUCGAGCAUUUAUGCUAACAUUUUAUGGAGCCCUUUUGUAUGCAGGUUUCGUGAACAUACUGAAAAAAUAUGAUAAGCAAACAGGGGCAUCAUUCGUUUUCCCUUCAUCCAGAGGGUUUUGGAGCUGCAAUUCUAUUCCUGAUCACCUCUUUCCAAUCAACAAUAAGCCAUCAAUUCCAACAUCUGAAAGCGCUGAUACCCCCCCUACUCCUGCCACAACUGUUGUUCCCACCCCCACAGAGAGAGAUGGGUCAUUGCUCAGAGGACCAAAGGAACAGGCAGAGAUCGAGUUCAUGCAAAGUUUGCAUAUGAAGAGCAUUAUAUCGGCAUUGAGAAGAAGAAGAAUACAUCAUCAGAUUCAAGGACAGAGUUGCAACGCAAAGGAAUCUCAUGAUAAGUUGAUUAAAGCAAGAAAAGAGAUUGUUGAUUUUCAUGGAGAGAUGGUUUUGCUUGAAAACUAUAGUGCCCUUACCUAUACUAGCUUGGUGAAGAUGCUGUCCUUCAUCCAGAGGGUUCUGCAGCAGCCAGCCAUCAGUUCCAACAUUUGAAAUCGCUGAUACCCCCUAAUC